AUGUCGAGGCAACUCUUCAACAUCUACGAGCUUCGUCCAAUGCUGAGCUCCUUCGCUAUUCACUACCACCAUCUGUUCGUCGUUAUUCUUGCAUUAGCUUGUGCUGCUUCUGCAACAAAUAAUGAAGUUGAUACUCUUAUUUCUUGGCUUCACAGCUCUCCUUCAUCUUCACCUUCUUCAAACUUCAGAAGCUGGAGAAGAUGUUACUAUGGCAGAACAAUUUUCAUGGAACUAUUCCAGGAGAGAUUGGCAACUUCUUUUGGAAACCUUUCAAACCUCGAAGAGCUUAUGCUUAGCAACAAUAAUAUCUCUGGUUCGAUUCCACCAGUUCUUUCAAAUGCAACAAAACUAUUACAGCUGCAGCUUGAUACUAAUGAGAUAUCAGGCACAAUUCCAGCAGAGCUUGGUAAGUUGACACAGUUGACAGUCUUCUUUGCCUGGGAGAACAACAAUGGCUGUGGCCAACAACAAUGGCUGCAGAGAAAGACUCUCAAAAUGACAGGUUAG